AUGAGCGCCCAGCAGCACCGGGAGAGGCAGCGGCAGCGAGUGGACACCCUGGAGGACUGCUUGCGCCUGCGCGACAACGAGAUCGCUAGGCUGGAGAAGCAGCUGGCCUCAAGCUCUUCUUCUGCCGAAGGGGUGUCCGCUAGUACCACAAGGGGUAAGGGGGGGGGGGCGUACGAUGCGUCGGACGCGGGGGGUGUCACCACGGAGGACCAGGCGCACUCAUCUUCCUCCGAGAGCGACUCAGACGACCUCUCCCCGAUGUCGACGCUGGACAAGCGGUCGAACCACCCGGCCACGCCGCCCCUCAGUCCCUCUACCGCCACAAGUGGUGGUGCCAUGGCUAUGGCGAGCGUGGCCGCCGGGGGCAUAGCCGGCUCGUUGGCGGUGACGGACGAACUUCUCGAGUUCUCCCUGUCGGCUUGCGGCACCUCGGCGGGGACGGUCACCACAGCCGGCGUCUGGACGGGGGGCGACGUGAUGAUGGCCGGAGAGGGGGAGGAGGAGGAGGCUGCUUCGCCGCCGUUAGCCCGGUCGUUUUCGACCGUCGCCGCUGCCGUCGCCGCCGUCGACGACGGGGCGGCUGCGCCGCCACCCCCGCGACUAGCGGAGAGCCUCUCGACCAUGGAGUUCUCUGUCCCUGACGGCGUGAUGGCGGCCGACGCCGCUCAAGCACAGCCUCCGGCGGGCGGUGGAGGCCUUUCCGCUUCCGGUCUGCUUGCCUUUGAGGCCGCUGGCGCCGGCGCCGGCGCCGGCGGGAGCGGCGCCGGCGCGGCGGAGGGUCUGGUGCCGUUUGGACAUCAUCCGGCCGCCGCCGCCGACGGCAUGGGUUGCUGCUCCGAGGAGGACGAGCUUACGAUGGCCGCGCUUGACCCGAUGGAGAUUGACGCUCUCCUGGCUUGCGCCGGAGGGGACGGCGAGGACGGCGUUCGGGACCCAUUCGAUACCACCGACAGCAGCAGCAGCACCGUCGUCAACGGUGGCGGAGGAGGCGCUAGCCCGUGCGAGCUGGAAGCGGGGAACAAUACUGGUGUUCAAGCGAACGCGGCGGCGGCGGCGGCGGCGGUGGCUGCUACCGCUUCAUCUUCGUCCUCGAGCGGGAAUAAGCGGGGUCAUGGAAACGACCACCUACAGCAGCAGCACCUACAGCAGCACCACGAUGUUGCGGUCGCGCCUGGCCGCCUCCACGCCCCGCCCUCGAGGAACUCCGGCACCCCCCCCACCUCCUCUUCGCAGGCACGAGGCAGCAGCGCUCGCCCCCCCUCUUCUUCCGUUGCUGCUGCUACAAGCGUGGCCGGCUUCCGCGGCGGCGGCCUUCCCUCUGGAGACAACGGGCGCGGCGGCGGCGGCGGCGGCGCUGGCGGAGGAGGGGUGGCGUCAACAGUGGCGGCCGGGGUUAUGGGAGCGCUGUGUCUUGCCGGCGUCGUGCUGAACUCAGGGACAACGACAACUCCGGAUGGCGGCACCGGUACCGGACGAGCGCUCGUACCGGCACACAGGAACUCACCGCCUUCCGUCAUCACGUCCCGUGGCGGCGGUGCUCGGGUUCUAUCCGCGGCAGGCGACGACGACGACGAAGACGGCGAGUAUGCCAACGCGACGGAGGCUCAGCCGUGGGUGUUCCACCCCGUGGAGGCGGAGCCCUGGCGGUGGCGGGCCACCGCGGCCAGGGAGAGGAGAGGGCCUUGGGUGUGGGAACGAGCCCUCAACCUGUUCGGAAACGCGGGGUUCGGCAACGAUCAUCCCCGGGGCGGCAUUGACGCGGGCUGCCACGAAGACGUGGUCGGCGUGUACGCGAAGGCGGCGGCGGCGGCAAGUGCAGCGCUGGUGCGUUACAACCACCUUCAAUAA